AUGAGUUACGGCAUCAUUACUGUCUUUUGGGGUUUAUUCGUGCUUUGGUGGAUGCCCGACUCGCCGAUGAAGGCGCACUGCUUCAGCGAAGAGGACAAGAAGCUUCUUGUAGAACGUGUCCGCUCUAACCGCACUGGUCUGCAAAACCGCAAGUUCCGCAAGGAGCAAGUUUGGGCGGCCUUUCAAGACCCUCAAGGUUAA